AUGUCUCCGUAUUCAUAUUCUGCAUUAUCAUUAUUGAUGAUUAUUUCAAUCGUCAAUGCUGGUGAAAAAGUUUGUCCUGGUUAUGGAUUUAUUAGACCACCAGACAAAUGUGAAUCAACAUGUUCACGAGAAAAGGAUGAAUGUCCAUCAGGCACAAAAUGUUGUUUUCGUCUUGAACAACCAUGCGGUUUUCAAUGUAUUGUACCUAAAGAUAAUGAACCAAAGCCAGGUAAAUGUCCAACAUCUGAAACUGGACAACAAAAUCCAUAUUGGAGCUUAUGUGAUGGACAUCUUUGUGAUGUUGAUCAUGAUUGCAAAGGUACUGAAAAGUGUUGUCACAAUCCAUGUGGUUCAGCAAUAUGUAUUGCACCAUAA